UUGAAUGUGUGCAGUGAAUUCUAAAAAUUGUAAUUAUACAUUUAAUGUUAUCACUGCUGCCAAGCGCUUUAGCGUCAAUUUUUUAAAGAGAUUUAUACGCUUAGUGUUCUGUACAUACGCGCAUUGAGUUAAUAUUCAUGAAUUGACAAAAGUUAUUUGUUAAUAACUAUUAGAUUGGUUUCAAACGCCUUGUUAUAAGUGCGAAGAAAGUGUUGUGAAAUUUUAAUAAUAUUACAAUAAAUUACUAUCAAGUUGAUUACUAUUACAUAUUUAAUUUCGCUAUACUCUUCAAAAUGAGAAGAACGUCGAUUAAAUGCGGUAUAUAAAAGUAAUAAUAUUUCUAUAAAAUGGAAGAUAUAGAGUAUUUGGAAGAAUACGAAGAUUUGGUACUACCAGUAAUUAAUUCAAAUACAGGCAUGUCUAAGCAAUCAAAAACUGUUCAGCACCCGGCAGACGGCGAAGAUUCCUCUUCAAUAGAUCAAGAUAUAUUUGAGAGUUUAUUUGACAGUCGAUCAGAUGACGAAACGGCGGUAGAAAAGAAAGAUCCAAAAUUAAAUCGACGGGAAGAUCGCUCGUCUAUGGAUUCACUUGAUAUGCUAGUAAAAGAUUUGGGAGAGCAACUUCCAACAAGUAGUAACGUAUUAAAUCAAACAGUAGAUAAGAGGUCUCCUAGUAAACCUACGAAAACUAAUGUGAAAGGUCAAACCAAAAAAGCAGGAAAAAAUCAAGAAUUGGAAUCAAAAACCGAUUUAAAAAAUAAAUCUAAUAUUGUGCGUCUUGGAAAAGAUAAAUCUGCAACGGCUGGUAAACCUAUAGAAAAUCAAAACGAACAAGAAUUGAUUUCGUCAACUAGUCGAAGUGGUAACGUUCAAUCAACAUCGAUAAGUCCUAGUUUAGCUACAUCGGCAAAAAAAUUUUCUACAGCUACAUCUUCAACUGGCGUUAACAAAAAGAAAGACCCGGUGCAAACCAUUAUUAAGCCUGAAAAACCUCUUUCAAAAGAUCCAGCAGAUGAUCCAUUAGCUGGAAUCGAUAGUGAUACUGCAUCGGAUUUAUUAGGUUCAGGUUCAUAUACAUUUUCUGACAUGUCGGAUGCUGAUGACUCAUAUCUUUCUCUAAGUGAUAUUGAUAACGAUGAUGAGCGACAACUUUUAGAUGAUUUAAAUCCACCAAUUGAAAACCUUGACCAAAUAGAAAUACCUGCAGUGUAUAAUAGUUCAAGCACACCAUCUUUCAAUGCUCACAAUAUUGAUGAACAAGCAUCAUCAUCAGUUAAUUCCAAUAUAUCACAAAGUAGAAAUGUAUCAAACAGAUCCGAGAAAGAAAAAAUCACCAUUCUUAGUAACGAAGUUUUAGAUCGUCUAGAUACAUCACUACUCGAAUCUCUAACAGGUGUGACCUCAAAGAAAUCAAUCGGUUUAGAUACCAAAAUUGAAGCUGGAACACUCAAUUCUGUGCUACACGAAAUUGUAGAAGCACUACCAGAACAAGAGAAAUCUAUAACCACGACAGAUACCUGUACAACAGACACCACAACAGUUAUGAGAUUUGAUGAUGUGACAACUACAACGCAAGAUGUCACUUCUGUGACAAGUGAUGUUACAAAUUUGUUUAGUAGUAACUAUAAUAGUUCUGAUAACUUAAUCAAACAAUCACAAGAAUCUAAUGAUACGUAUUUUAUUUCAACAAAAGAAGUAUCAGAACAAUCCAAUGUAACAACGACAAUUAUUGAGUCUAAAACUGAUCAAUAUAACCUUACGGACUCUUUAUGUGAUGCAGAACCACUGGCUAAUACGAGUAUGAAACGUACAGAUAGUGAUUCUAAUAACAAAAGGAAUACAAUUUCCGAUACAGAAAAAACUUCACCAUCUAAACAUAAAGCUAAAACAUCUAGGGAUAGUAAAAUAAAUAAGAAAGGAGCAUCACCUAAAACUAAAGAUGAAUCUUUUAAUAUUGGUGUUUCUGAGCUCAAAGAUAUUUUAUUGAAUGAAAGUAGCAUUGCUUCAGAAUAUAAUGAUGAUGUUACGACUCUUCAAGAGAUAAAGGAUAUUUACGAUGAAAUUGACACACAACAGAAAACAAAUCAAAUAAAAGAAGGAAAGGGAGAUGUUUUACAAGAUGUGGAAAACAAAUCUUCAGAAGGUGAAACAAUUUCGACUACGAAAGACUUAGAGCCAUCAAUUGAAUUUAAAAAAACAAGUUCCAAAGUUUUAAAAAAAGAUUUUACAGACUUUGAGAAAAAUUCAGAAGAAAAAGAAACGGGAACUAUGAAGAAAACUCCCAUAAAGGAUGUAAAGCAGAGUACGUCGCAGGUAAACAAAAAGGCUUUAGACAGAAAGAGAUCUGUAGAAGUUACAGAGGUGACAAAUCGUUUAAACAAGGAUAAAAGUGUAACCUUUCCGGAUUCAAAGGUGGAUACUGAAAAUACUAAAAAGGUUUCAGAAGAUAAAUGUUUGAAAAAUGUAAAAUCAGCUUCACAUUUAAAUACUUCUAAAAUCAAGAAGGAUCAAAGCAAUAGUGAUAAAAAGUUAAAUAAGGAGAAGAGAAAUGAGGAUAAGACAAAUACAACAGACAGUAAAGAUGCCAAAAAUUCAAAUUUAACAUUAGUAUCAAAUACGGCAAACAAUGACAUAAAUGAAGAAGAACAAAUAACGUCACAGGAGGCGGUGGAGGAAACUGAGACAAAUAAAAAGUCGGCUUUAACAUCGAAUACAUUAAAAUUUGAUAAAACAAAUAAAGAAAAACAAUUGACGUCUCAGGAGACUAGUAAAGAGUUGGAGAUUAAUAAAAGGUCAACUUUAACAUCAGAUACACAAAAAAAUAAUAAAUCAAGUAAAGACAAAAAAAUGACGUCACAGGUAACAAUUAAGGAUGCCGAAGUUGGUAAAAAUACUUUUUUCAGAAGUAAAGAGACAUCACAUUUAAAAUCUAAAAUAAAUUCACCAAAACAAGAUAAAUAUGCAGCAAAUGAUAACAAAAAAUCUAUUCCAAAUGAAGUGAAAAGAAGCUUAGAUGUUAGUGAAACAAAUUCACCAGAAAAUAAGGAAACCACAAAUCUAAAAUCAAAGGAUAGUUCCAAGUCUCCAUCAAAAUUAGUAAAAGCAGCACAAACAAAUGACGAUAAAAAAGGAAAUUCUAAAGAAUUAAGAAAGGACAUUGAUGAUAAAAGAGUAACUUCUUCAGAUAAUAAAGACGUUAUAAAUAAAUUAUCGAAAGAAGAAAACAUAAGCCUAUCCAAUGAAGACAAAGUUAAUUCAAAGGAGUUAAAAAAGGACUCUUCAAUGGAAACUAAAGACACAAAAAGUUUAAAAUCGAAAGAGAAACUUGAUAUGUCCAAACAAGAAAAACCAAUUCAAAAAAUUGUGGAUAAAAAGAGUACUGUAUCACAAAAAUUAAAGACUUCUACAAAUAAGAGCGUAAAAGAGAUUUGUAAUGUUGAAACAAAAAAUAUUUCUAAUAUAGUUGAAAAAAGUAUAAACGAAGUAGAAAAAAGUAGAACAAAAAAUAAACAAGAAAAAAAUGACGAAAAGAAAGAUAUGAGCACUAAAACUGAAAUUCAGUUAUCAGUAUCUAAGGCUAAAGAAGAAGAAAAAAACGAAAGUAAAGGUUAUAGUUCUUCAAAGGAUGAAGAUUCAGAUAAUCUGAAGUUGCAAAGCACAACCAAAAAGUUUAUGGAGAACAGAGAAGAUAAAAACAAAACUACUCCGAGAAAAAAAGAUGAUCAAAAUAAUAAAAAGGAUACUAUUAAAGACAGUCGGAAUGUAUCACAGCAGGUACAAGAAAGUACUAUAGGUAAUCAAAAAACUGAUAAGCCGACAGCUAAUGAAAUCUUAAUGUUGUCAAAGAAUACCAAGGGAUCAAAAGAAAAAGUUUCAACAAAUAUUUCUGUAGUGACGAGUGAACCACAUAGAAGUAGAAAAAUUGAGAUUAGUAUAGCUCAGUCACCUUCAAAAACUAGAAACCCUUCAGAAUCACCUAAAAGAGCAAAUACUCAGGUUAAAACAAGAGAACAAUUUAAAGAACCUGUUGAGAAAUUACAUAAAUCUGGACAGGAUGUGCAAAAACCUACUUUUAGAGAAUCAUUUCAAAAGUCACCUAGUAGGGAACAAUUAAGUAAGUCCAGAUCUUCUUCUAUGAGUAGCGAAGAAAAAUUUUCAGUUGGAAAACCAUCUCCAACGCAAAACAGAAAAGAAACCCAAGGUAAAAAAGUGGAAUUGAAUAAAUCUCAACAAAAAAGUGAACAAGGUAGAAAAGGGAUUAUUCCAAAGCAAAACACAAAACCCGUGUUCAAUCAACAUGAAUCACCAUCCCGAAUGAAAGUCGAAACAGAGAAUAAAGAUUCACGACGAUCGAAUUCGCAAACAACCAACACAAAGUUAUCAAUUGAAAACAGAGAUUUACGACGAUCAAAUUCACAAACAACCACCACAAGGAUAGAAACUGAUAAUAAGGAUUUACGUCGAUCGAAUUCUCAAACUACCAAUAAGAGAAUAGAAAAUGAGAAUAAAGAUUUACGACGAUCGAAUUCCCAAGCAGUCAACACAAGAAUAGAAACUGACAACAGAGAAUCACGACGAUCGAACUUUCAAAGUACCAAUACGAAAAUUGGAACUGAGAAUAAAGAUUUACGGCGAUCAAACUCCCAAAUCAAUAUAAAGUUAGAAACUGAUAAUAGGGAAACACGACAAUCCGAUUCCCAAACAACUAAUGUUAGGAUGGCAACUGAGAACAAAGAUUCAAGACGUUCAAAUUCACAUACUAUGAAAAUGGAAACUUUAACUACUGCCGUUAAUAUUAAAACUGAUAAAAUUUCUCUUCGAAAGUCAGAAAUAAAGGAGCCGAAUCCGUCAUCAACUAUAAAACCUACAUUAAAUGUUGAAAGCAGUAGUUCAAAAAACAAAAAAUCAGCAAUACAAACUAAUAUUGAGGGAAGUGAUGAUAAAAAUGAGAUAACACCUCACAUUAAAAUUCUAAAUAAAUUUUCAGAAAAAAAAUCUGAGUCUAAAAUUCUUCCAAUGCCAUAUGAAAAUCCGCAAACCAUUCAAAAAUCUGUUAGAGACACUUCAAGAGAGUCGCAUAAAACUCCUGUUCAAAAAAUAGAAAAUAAAACUGAUACUUUAAGUAAAACAGAACCAAAAGUAACACUUAAUGUUAAAAAAAAUCAAACUCCUCCACAAAAAAUUGUAAUUAAGAAAUCAAGCUUAGAAUCCGUUGCAAAUAAAAUUACUGAAACACAAGGAUCUGAAGAAGAAAAAGAAAUGAAAGAUCUUCAAUCCGAAAAAGAUGCAAGAGAAAAGAAAGAAUCAAAAAUGGGGAAAGAAGAUCUAAAUAUUUCAGUAAAAAAUGAUAAUUCUUUUGAUAAAGAUAUUAAAAAAGGGACAUCAAAUCCGGUAUCUGAAGAUAAACUUGUUGAUAAUAAAGUAGAAGAAAUAAAUGCUGUAUCUAUUCCAGUAGUAACUAAAAUUAAAAGAGAUUUUAAUACUCGAAGUAUUAAGAAUUCAGACAAAGAAAUAGAAAGUGAAGAAACGAGCAAAGUCAAUACAUCGACAGCUAAUGCUACAAACACUAAAAGUAUUGAAAAGGAACCUUUAAUUAAUAAAAAUAAUGAAACAAACAAAGAAGAUGAAAUUGUGAAAGUUACAAAGGAUUUGAUGGGAUCUACAUUAUUGGUUUGUAGUGUUAAGCUAGCGAAAAAUUCAUUAGAGGAUAUUAAUAAAGCUACAGAUAAUGACAAAAAUGACAGUGUCAUCAAAGAAGACGGUGAUGAAAAAAUUGAAAAACAUGUAGAACAAUUAAAAGAUGAAAUUGACUUAAAAACCACAAAAACUGUAUCAUCAAAACUAGAAAAAGCUGAUAAUACUGAGGAUAUUGAAAAAAGUAAAUUAAAUUCAAGUAAUCCCACUCAAACAUCUGAUGGUGCACAAACUAAAUUAAAAUCUGACAAAAUUGAUAAAAAUUUGAUGGAAAAUAAUGAAGAAGUUAAUAAGAAUAAUACUAAACCAAUAAGAGGAAUGAGAAAUUUAAGGGGCAAAGCGGACGUAAUUGUUAAUAUAUCUCCUAAAUUGAAAACAAAAAUAGAAAGUACCACUGAAACUUCACAAAUCAACACCAUGUUCAGUCCAAAAACCUUGAACGAAGAGCAUAGUCGCAAACACAGAGAACAAGAAGGUAUGGAUAAGUCAAACAUAAUUGAAGGAAUUGAUCCUUCAAGACGGUCCUUGCGGAAACGUGGAACGGAUUCGCCUAUGGAAUUAACUGAUGCAAGAAAAAUAUUUAAAGAGCCCACAAAUACAGAUCUUGGAAGAAAAGAUUUAAAUGUGCGUAUAGAUUCUCCAGCACCUGUGAAGCGCUCUGCAGCUUUAAUGGAUAGUAUUGCAACAAAAAUUUCAGGUAAUGAAGACCAACAUCCAGUAAAGCGUCAAAAACUUGGUAUUCGUCGUGAAAUCCGCGGUAAAAGCAAGGACUUUCAUUCGAAAACGAUUACAGCAGAAGAGAUUGAAAUGGUUCCAUCAUCUACAGUAAGUGAGUUGUUAUCAUGCAAUAAAACAACUGAAAGAAAUUCUGAUACAACAUAUGUAAGAGAAACUAGAUCUAGUAGUUCAUUGUCUAUAGUUGACGCUAAUUUGUCAGAAUCAAAGGAUAAGGAUUCGUCUGCGGAUAUAGCAAAAAAUAUAAAAAGUCCUUUGGAAAGCUCGAAAAAGAUAUGCCCAGAAAUUGAAACAAGUGACACAAUAUUUUCUCGCAAUUCUAAUGAAGAAGUAGUGCCUAGGAAAUUAACGAGAUCACAAGCAGCGUCAAUAGUUGAAGAAGACAAAUCUUUAAAUUUUAACAUGCUAACCGAAAACAUACUGAAAGUUGGUUUAGAGGAUUUGGAUAAUUGCAAACAAGACAUCUCAAAUAAAAAGAAUUUACGAUCAAAAAUAAUAACUAUAGAUGUAGUUAAAUCGUUGGAAGACCGAACAUUAAAUUAUGUUGAUGAAGAUACUUCAACUGCAUCGGAAACUUCCAUUAAUCCAAAGAAUAUUGAUUAUUUAGUCCAAGGUAAUGAAGAAGCAAAAUCUGUUAAUUAUGGUGAAAAUUCAGAAAAAAUUUCAAAAAUGAACCAUUUAGUAGAUACAAACGAAGCUAAUGUUUCAACAGAAAAAUUACAAUCAGUAGUAACAGAAGAAGCUUUAGGUAGUAACAGCGAAAGAAUAGAAAUUUGUGUAGAAGGAGAUAGAAAAGAAAAAGUUGAUUCUAGCAAAGUUUCAACUAUUAAAAUAUUUUCUGAUUUUGAAAAACCUAAACGUAUUAAAGAAAUCGACAUUCUUCGCGCUUCUAUGCCAUUAGAAAUGAGAGAAAGUGGUUUUGAAAAUAUGUAUAGCGAAGGAAAGUUAAGAACAAAGAGCUCAUUAUCAGUAGUGUCACCUGUCCCAAAUGAAAGAACUAGAAUUAUUAAAAGUCGCAUAAUACCAGAAAGGCCUGCAUCAUGUGUUUCUCAAAUAAAAACCAAAUCUGCAAAACAUAAAAAGCAAAGUCAACAUGAUAUCUCUAAACCGAAGCAAUUAAAGAAGCUACGUGUUCGAAUCAAUCGUAGUAUAGUGGAUAAAUAUUUAAAGACUAUAAAUAAUACUAUCGAAAUCACCAAUAAACUGGAAGUAAUUGCAAACACUUCAUCUACCAUUAGAUCCAGAUCGAGACAUCUAGAACGAGAUGCGAAAGGACAUUUUUCAAAAUCUGUCUUACCAAAAACUGUUUUACCAAAAACAGUUUUACCAAAAACAGUUUUACCAAAAACUGUUUUACCGAAAACUAAAACUACGAGUGAAGCAAAAACAGAACUUGCUAAUUCAGCUGGUACCUCAUUUGUUUCAAAGGCUGUUGAAGCGGCUGCAGCUUCAAAGGAGGUAAUAGAUAGGAGAGCAGAAAAAACACCAUUGGUGCGAUUAUCACAAUUAAAUACACAUUUGCGUACAAGGAUUUCUGAAGUGUCGAAGGGAGUACUUUCCUUUCAACAACAGCAACCUCAGUUGCCAGACUUUAAUACACCAACAUCCAGUCAUCAACCAGAAGAUGUUAAUAAACGUGUUAAAACGGAUGACGAAGACGGUAAUCUUUUAACACCAUUAAAAGCAACUGCUUUCACUACUCUACGUAAGCAGGUAACUGAUGAAGAAACGAAACCAUUGCAACAGCAGUUACCUAAACGCGUUUCGACAUUACAGGCACAGAAUAAAGAUAAACCUAAAAAUAAAUUGGAUAAAAACGUUUCGACACCAGCAUUACCAACGCAAUCACCAGUGUUAGCGUCGCUAAUAAAUGCCAAAUCAACUUUGCCAAGCUCAGUAUUAAUUGAGCCAAACAAAGAGUUCACUGCAAGAAUUAAUGCUUCUACUUCUGCAACAUUGAAUAUAAGAACUCCAAAUACUACAAGCCCCAAAGUUUUACCAUUUAUAGAACCAAAACAAGAAAUUGAAGAAUAUAGUUCAAGUGCUUAUAAUAUAAAUUCAACUCCGACAAGUAUUUUACCCUCUACAGCAUCAAGUAUUUUACCUUCGAGUCACCAAUCGACGCAAUCUCCCGUUGCUACACUACCAACUACAACUGGUAUAUCUCCUACUAUUGUCGACGCGAAUGGUACACGUCUUUAUUCGUUCUUACAUCCCGCAAAAUAUAAUCGAGGUUAUGGUGGUGUAUUAUUAGAUUAUUGUUGUCCUAAUUUGGAUGGCCCAAUGCCAGCAAUUGACCCAACACGUAUACAUGCUAGGACACAAGCAGUUGUGCGAGAACUACCUGCUUAUAUUGUGAUGACUACUAAAUUGAUAACACGUGCUGAUUUAGAAACUGAUAAGAACUCAAUUCCGGCUUCAAUAAGGCACAAGGUAGAAAUGCUUACUGCUAGUUCUAGCACCCCAGCCACUUCAACACAAGGCCCGCCUGCUUUACAACCAUUACAACCAUCUCAUUUAUCAUCUACAAUUAAUGCUUUGCAAAGACAAUUACCAUCGACAACAACACUAACGCCCAAAAAUAUUAAAUCUCUUCAAUCGGCAAAUAUAGCUGAUACACCCCCAUCUCCUGCAACUACCAGCAAUUUAAAAACUCCAGUUUCUUUACCCGAAUAUCAGCGCUCACUAUUACGUUCAAGUGUACAACGUUUUGAUUUAACCUUAACAAAAUUGAUCCAACUUAAUUUAUCAAAAAUGUCCUUUAGCGAACGGCAACGCGUUGUUGAUAGUUUAUCAAAUUUAAACAAAUUCAGUUCAAAAGAUAUUGAUUGUGCUGUCCGCCUCAUGGAAGAAUAUAUGUUGAUAUUAAACACUCCACCACCAAUUAUUCCAUCUAUUCAACCUACAACAUCUUUAACUGCUGUGAAAACAAGCACACCACAGCAAAAAGAGAUUGUAAACGAUAUGGCUAGAAAGACGAAAGCACCACGUCCCCAACAGCAAAGAAAAAUGCCAGUACAAAAACAGCAACCUCAAAAGGAACAACAUAAAAACAAUGAACAGUACUUGCCUAUACUUGAUGCUGAUCAAAAUAUAAUAGGGUUCAAAUAUCAAGAUGUAUCUUCAACUUCCCAAGUAACGAAACCUACAAUGUCAACACGUGUUGAGCCUUCAUCAACAGUUCCAGAUUUAAGAUCCUCAACCAUAAAGAAUUUAUUAAAAAAAUCAAAUGCAACAACUAAAAAUUUGAAACUGCCCGCUCAAGAAUCGCCACGUAUUUUUUAUGCUAAACCGCCUUUACAGUCCUCUACUCCGAUUCCAUCUAAAUCAACUAAUACAUCUUUAUCCUUAAGAAGUAAUCAACGGAGUUGCUUACCUUAUCGUCAGUUUAAUACGCCACCAACGGCAACCACAGUGACAGGACCACCACCACCGAAACGUCCAGCGAUAUCAGCUGCUCCAAUAUCUUCUCUUAUUAGUGGUACGCCUUUUGGAUCACUCUCGGUAACAUCUCCAACUAUGACACAAACAACAACAAUAGCUUCGAAGUCAGUGAUAUUAGAAGCAACGCCAAAACGUACUACACGAACUGCGGCUGCUGCUGCAGCUUCAACUACGAAAGUAAUUAUAAUCACUAGCGAUCAACAAGCAGAUGAAUGUAUACUACCAGAUGAUACAAGGAGUACUGCGAUCAAAAGUGAAAAUAUUGAUGAAGAUUUCAUUGGUGGAAAUUAGUUUUUAAAAUAUGAUUAUUAUUAUUAUAAAUUAAUAACAAUUUAAUGCAUCUUUAUUUAAUGACUUUGUUAAGCAACAUAAGUUUUACUUAUUUAUACGAGAAGUAAGAGUAAAACUUU